AUGUGCUGUAUGUGGCCACGUGUAACCCGGUGUCCCUGUUCUCCAUGAGGGAGCGCGGUGACACCAUCCAGAGCAUGGAGCUGUACGACGUUUUCCCCAGAACCAUCAGUGGCGUCUGGCAGCCCUUUGUCACCAUCGCUCCUCUCGGGAAUCCUCUGGACGGACAGGUGGUGCUGCACGAGGAGCAGAGUAACACCGUGCUCCAUUUGGACUUGGUGACAGGCGCCGUGCGGAGGUUGCUGCUGUCUCCAGACGGGGAUCAACCCGCCGGCAGAGCUUCAAACUGGUGGAGCAGUAAAGAGCAGCAGGGAGGUCAUAAAAUGUGCCGCGACUUCUCUCACAAAAACUGGCUUCUCUUCUACAAGGAGGGCGGCAACCAGCUUGAGGUGCUGGAUGUGCUGGAGGGCCAGGUUCACUCCAUCUCCCUCCCCAUCAACCUGAAGUCCGUCUUCCUCGUGGCAGAGGAUCGCUGGCUCCUGCUGGAGAGCAACACUAACAAGAAGUUCCUGCUCACCAAACCCAUGCACAUGGCAGCAGAGGAGUCAGGAGUGUGUCAGCUCCACAGCAUCAGUGAGGACGCAGUCAGCUCAGGACACGGAGCCCACUCAGCUGAGGUGUCCGUACCGCAGAUGCUGUCAUGUGACCAGCUGCCCAACGAGAACCUCAGCGCCGCCCUGAACCAGAAGAUUGUUUCACCCAACCGCAUAUUGGCCGACAGUGGCUCCUUCGCACGGGUCGUUGUCGGCUUCCCAGACCUCAUGUCCCCUAACGAGGUGUACAGCUUUAAGAGGCCUGUCGAUCUGUCAGCGAUGAAGAGCAGCGAGAGUGGGGCUCACAUGUUCCUGAGAGGCGGGCUUCAGUCCAGUGCGGCCAAACAGGUGAACUGCGUCAGUCUGCUCUCAGCCAAUCAGGUUGUCCGAGCCCUUCCGCCCACCAAGGUGCCCCUGAAGGAGGUCUACCCCAAAGACGUCACACCUCCGAUGACGGCGGCGUAUCUGGAGGUGACUGACCUCAGCUCCAAAAAGGUCAAAUACAUUCCCGUCCCGAGGUCGAGGACGGUGUCGCCUUACACCAGCUGGUUGUCCAAAGUGUCUGAGUCCGACGUCGUCAUCGCUCCCCUUGGCUCGGGGGGCGUGGUCACAGUGGAUAUGGGCGGGUACGUGCGGCUGUGGGAGACGGGAUUGGACACCCUGCAGAGAUCGCUACUGGAAUGGAGGAAUAUGAUUGGAACAGAGGACGGCCGGCCCGUACAGAUCACCAUCCAGAGGGACAGCGGUCUGGAUGUCAACGCCCCAAAACAUGGCAAGAUCGAUGCCAACAACGCUCCUCACGUCGGGGGGAACCAGUGGGCAGGAGGCACAGGUGGCAGAGACACGGCAGGUCUGGGUGGGAAGGGGGGGCCCUAUCGCCUGGAUGCAGGACACAAGGUCUACCAGGUUUCCCAGGCCGAGAAGGAUGCAGUUCCAGAAGACGUCCGCAGAGCAGCUCGUGAAAUGGCUGAGAAGGCCUUCAAAGAAAGGCUGAAGGAGAUCGACAUGAGUGAAUACGACGCGGCCACGUACAAGCGCUUCUCCACCGCGGUCAUGAGGCAGGUUCAGUCUCUGCGGAUCAUCCUGGACAGUUUGCAG